CGGGGCGCGGGGGCAGCAUGGCGGCGGCGGGGACGCUGAGGCGCGGGUGGAGGCUGGCGCUGGGCGGCCGGACAAGCCGGUGUCCCGCUCCGCCGUGCCGAGGGGGAGCGCUGCCGAGGCCCCCGCCGGGUCCCGCCUGUGCAGUUGGCCUCCCGGUGCGGUGGGCCUCGUCCUUCUCCCAGCCGGGCCCGGCGGAGGGUGACCCCAGCGAGGGACAGGUCUUCCUCAGCGAGAGCUGCGUGAAGAGGCUGUUGGAGAUCACAGAAGGCUCAGAGUUUCUCAGGCUGCAGGUGGAAGGAGGUGGCUGCUCCGGAUUCCAGUACAAGUUUUCCUUGGACACAGUUAUCAAUUCAGAUGACAGGGUGUUUGAACAAGGUGGUGCUCGUGUGGUCGUGGAUGUGGACAGCCUGGCCUUUGUGAAAGGUUCCAUGGUGGACUUCAGCCAGGAGCUGAUUCGCAGCUCCUUCCAGGUGGUAAGCAACCCCCAGGCAGAGAAGGGUUGCUCAUGUGGGACUUCCUUCUCUGUCAAAUUCUGACUGGACUUCCUAUGGAUGGACAUAGUCUGCAGACACUUCUGGCAGUCUUCAGAGGGUUUUUGCUUGUUCUUUUCUCAGCUUCUCCCUCUCAUCUCCCUUACCUUGUAACACAGCUGUUACACAUGACUUCAGCUGUGUACGUGCCUGCACUGAGCCUGUCUCUAAGACUUGUUGGCCUUCCCUUCAGAAACAUGAUUUAGCAGUGAGCAUGCACACAGGAGCAUCUCCAGCACCCUGUGAACCACCGGCCAGGUGGUUCUGGCUCGCCUACCCUGUCCUGAAUGUAGAACCACUUAACUGCUUGUUUCUGCAAGAGAUAGCUGUAUAUACGUGUGUGUUUAUUGAAAGGUCUUACUGAAAAAAAAAAAAGUCUUUGAGAUUGAUUGGUACUACUUGUGCAUUCCCACGUGGGUAGAAUCUGGGUUCUUUCAGGCUACUGUUGCUUACCCCUUGUCGUCUAGCUGAAUGGGACUCAGAGUCUUUCUCCUGUACACCUUCCAGUGUCACGGGCUCUCCACUCCCCAACUCACAGUGGGCUUUUCUAGGUAAUUCACUGUUCUCUUAGCCAGCAGGCUUCUCUUAGUCCCAGGAACCUACAGUAGUUUUAAUGUCAGUCCCUGGGCUGAAAGUUUUUACUUGUUCAGAGUAGGUGAAGCUAAAAAAUGGAGGUAGGAAGAAUUAAUAGCUUUUUUGGUUUUAUUUAAAAAAAAAAAAUUUGUCUAUAUAUAAAAAUAAAAUAUACAGCCUUCCAUUCCCCCAGUGCUAUUUUAGGCUGUUUUUAAAUCUCACUUGGAAUUUUAGGUCAUUCAGACUCUCAAAUUUCAUAGUGUGUCUGCUGCCUUCUCUUGCCAGCAGUAAGGGAAGUUCAGGUGACGCAGGCAGAGGAGGAUCUGGAGUGCUACUUAAGGGUCCUCAAGUCCCUUUGACUUAUUUGUCCAGGAAUCUUUUCCAUAACUUGCUUCACUGUUUAAUCUCCAUCUAAUGUGCGUAGUUUGAUGAAAAAAGUGAAAUAGCUCGUUUCCUUUCUGAAACUCCCAUGGAAUGGGAAAUCUAGAAGUUUCCAGAAUAAUAUUUUCAUUAGUUGAUUUUUAUAGUUUUUCUGUUUUUUUUCUAUAGUUUUUUAUCUGCCACUAGAUGUCUUUUAAAUCAAGGUGGUUCACCUGCUUCUGGGUGAAAGGAGAGACAGGGAAGCUAUUUUUUGUUCCUGCUCUUGUGUUUUAUCUGAUCAUAACCAAAUUUUCUAUGACUAGAGUCUUUGAUGUGAGUGUGGGAGCACUACCUGACUUUGGUCUCAAGGAAACUGGUUAUGGCAAACCAUGAGCUUUUUAAGACUCUCUGCCACAGGCAUUUUUAAGUUUCCCAAAUGCCUUUCUACGCUAAUCAGCAGUGCAUACAUACAGCAGUGAUUUGCCUAUUGAUUUCUAGUGCUCAGAGAGUUGUUAGCCAGCUAGUUUCAGUUUCAUCCAUAGAUGUUAUAGGAGUUCAUACGUGAUCUGCCCUGACUUUGUCACAUGGGGAAUAUGGAUGGGAUUUGGAGCAGCAGCUCUUUUGGUUUAGCCCUUUCCGUUUUCUGCAGCUGACAAGUUCUACCUAGUUAUGUUGCUAUCAGAGGGAGCUGGAUGUAGCACUGUCCCGUUGUGUAAAAGGGAGCAAGAAAAAUGUGAUUAAAAGACUUGUUUUGGAUGUUUUGGCCCUACCCUUAUGCUCCCAGGUCUUGAAUGUGAUGUCAGCCAGAGCUGCCUCUGAAAAGUGUAAGGCCUAAAAGCUUGUGUAGGUAGAAGGUGUUAGAUAAACUCAAUUUCUUUCAGCUGGGAUAAGUAAUUAAUGAAAGUUGGUGGGAGGAAUUGCUUUCUGAACCAGAAAGUACAGAUCUUUUCUUGAUCCAUUUCACACAGUCUGACCUUGAUCAAGUCUCUUUUCGGAACUUUUGUGAGAAAUAGAAAUGCAGCAGUAGUUCUGGGGAGGUAGCAGACCAGCAGCUACCAAAGCUUUUUUCCCCUAAACUAAAGCCUGCCUUCGGCCCCUGUAAGCAUGCAGCCUUCAUCUUGGAUUACAGUUCUUACUAAAUGUGAAUGUGUUGUGUGUUCAACCUAGCCAGGUUCCACCUGCCUUCGCUCACUCUACACAGAUGAAGUAAAUCAAGCAAGUGAUGUCCAUGUGGAGUGUCAUCUCUUUCAGAGAAUCUGCCUCUCCCAGGGACUGUACAGAGGAUGAGGUUUUGGGUCCCCACCAGUGUUACUGGCAGCAUUGCUGGGCUGAUGGGGAAGCUUGCAUGUGUGGCUUGUUCUGCCUGUGGUUCUGGCAGUACUGCUCUAACUGCACUAGGUGGACCCCUUACUCCUUGGGAGUUGCUGCGUUUAACUCAUACAUGCAUUUCAACUUCUGUCAGGGGUGAGGCUGGAUCUGCUCCAUGCAGGACCUAGGCAGGAGCAAAAGUUUCUUUGCAGCUGCCUGUUUUGGAGGCAGGCUGGAGCUCAGUUCAUCUAGUAUUGCAGCAGUCUGGUCUCUAGAUCAGAGAAACUGCUAGGAGCUGGAGGGGUUCCAGCUGUACAACACAUUGCUCAUGGACUCCUAGUCCUGCUUCCUGGGAUCAGCUGUAAUCUACUGGGCAAAGCUACCGGUCUUCCAGUUCCAGUAGGGCAUGGGUGCAAAGAGCUAUCUGUCACCUCCGGAGUCCUCCUGAGUCUUGAAGUAGUCUGUCAGUACAUCAGAAAUUGAAAACUUCUGUCCGGGUUAGGAAGUCAGCAAAGGGGGUUGUGUUAGCAGAGGGGGGUGAAGGUGACCUUAGUAAAUUUUGUCUACGUAGGCAGAAAAGGCUAGAUCCUGGCUCCUACAGAAGAAAAAAAAAAACAACUGUCAAGGUUUGCACACUGAAUAGCCAAAGGGGACAAAGAUAGCAUCACGCUGUAGGCUGUGGGGCAAGACCAGCAGUGCCAAAAGAAGGGUGCAGAGGAAUAGAUGGGGAAUUUGGUACUGCCUGGGCUGUGAGGGGUCUGUAGUGUGGAGAUAGGUGGGAGCCCUUGUACUUAACCACCGAGAAAAAACAGGAGUACGGAGCCGGAGGUGCCGCCUUCGCUUCAUGGCAAAUGAGAAACUGCAGUGGAAAAUCUUUCUCUGCUCCCACAUGAAGAAGGAGGAUUCUCUCAGUUCACCCACCUGACAAGGAAUGAAUGAUCAAGGAAGAUAUUUAUGGAAACCUACGUUAAGAUGAAACUUCAAGGGAAAAGGGCACAAUCAUCAGUGUCACUGACGGGCGGGUAGAAGAGGAUGGAAUAGAAAUACUCACUUUGGUGCAGGCUUGGAGCUCUGCAGGGACUUGUUAGUAGACAACCAGAACAUCCUUAGGCUGUGACUCUUCUGUUCUUCAAAUUAGGUAUCUACCAUCGCCUAUUAACUCUGGGUCCCUCUUCCAGGCUUCAAGCCAGGCCAUGGUAGAGAAAUAGCAGAUUUUUGUCAUGCCCCUGUUCUUGUGGUCUAGGAAUAUGUAUGAGAAUGCCAUGCUCACCUUGGUGGGUUUCUGUUUGCUAUUACUUGCUACAAAGACUCAGCAGGGGGUAAGUGGCUCCUAUAAGACCAAUAGCCAGCCUAGGGUGGAUGUUAGGGGAACAACUGGCCCUCCUGCCCCCAAAUUCUCAUCUGCAAAAUUUCACUAAGCUUAGUCUUCUCCCUUGUGAAAUUGUUCAUCUGUAUAGAGCUGUUGGGUGAGUCAGGAAGACAGCUAGGGCUAAGGAACCAAUACCCCCCAGAUGACACCCACUGGAACUUCUGCUUCCUCCACACAGUAGUGUAAUUUCCUGCCGCUUUAGGGCUUGCCUGGAUCCAGCACCUGGAGGAGGAAUCACUGAAUGAUGGAGGAGGCAAUAACAGGAAGGCAGAAGUACAUGAAAGAAGGCUUCUCUAGUCUGUGUCCCACACUGUGAAGGCAAAUGCUUUUGUAUCAAGACUGUCUUCAGCCUUGCAAGUGUUUCAAGCAUCUGCUGGCAGCUGGAAGUAAAAAAACUAGAGUGGUAUAAACCCCACUGUUGACACCAUUAGCUGGGACUGGCCAGAGGAGUUUACUGAAUUCAGAACAGGUGUGCUGUAUUUGCUGGAUGAGUUGUGACAACACCUACUUGAGGACUGAACUGCACACUGUCUCCACUAGCAAACAGCAGUCAGAUUUGUUGGCAGAGGGUGUGAUAGGAUGUGUACUGUUUUGAUGCUUUGUUCUCUUUGCCUGUUUUCAUGCACACCAGCCAAAGCUCUCGCCCAGUGUUCACCUUGCUUCUCUGGAAUGGGGCGUAGCUGCUGGAGAGACUGGCAGCAGAGAAAGGGAUAGCUUUGCUUAGUGGUGUUUGACAGGAUUGUCAGCCAGCCUGGAAAAAGGAGAUAGCGCAUUGGUGAGAAUAAACUGCAACCACCUGUAUUGUA